AAUGGUUUAGACACUAUUAUGAACAAAAAGAAAAAUUAGCACAAGAAGAAGCUAAAAAGAUUAUAAUUAAUUUACAAACAAAAUUUGAAGAAACUUAUAUCAAGUUUUAUUAUAAACAUUUAUAUACUGAUACCUCUAUUGAAAGGAUUACAAGCACCUCACCUGAUCUAGAUUACCAAUCUGAUGAAGAUUACCAUCAAUAUGCAUUUAAAUGA